AUGGCAGUGAAUAGUUACCCAGACGAGAAAUCUACUAAGCCAACUCAUACUGAGGUUGAUAACUCGAACCCGAGCUCGAUAUCUGCUUCCAUUACCGACGACGAGAUUGACAGCGGCGCUAAGGAGCAUAAGAAUGCAAACUACGGCUCGACAGAGCAGCACAUCUUCUCGGAUUCUGGAAACUUAGGCUAUUGGACCGGUGUCUAUGAGGCUGCAAAGUAUGAAGGGCGUCAUAGAUUCGAUGCCUUGCUUCAAUGGGACUCGACUGAGGAGAAGAGGCUAGUCCGCAAACUUGAUCUUCGAAUCAUGCUCUGGGUCUGGAUAGUGUUUUCAAGUCUUGAUCUAAAUAGAAGAAACAUCAAUCGUGCUCUUUCUGAUAAUCUGCUCGGUGAUCUUGGCAUGAACACUAAUGACUUCAACAAUGGCCAAACAAUCUACUUCUUCACUUUCCUAGCCGCAGAGCUACCCGGAGGGUUACUAUCAAAGAAAAUCGGUCCGGAUAUAAUGACUCCAUUUGCUGUCAUUACCUGGGGAACCAUCAGUGCCUGCCAGUGCCUCAUCAAGAACCGAACAGGGUAUUAUAUCACACGCGCCGUCCUCGGCUUCUCACAAGGCGGCUUCAUUCCCGAGAUGAUUCUAUACCUAUCCUAUUUCUACAAAUCCAAUGAGCUCCCUGUUCGCAUCUCAUUCUUCUACACAGCUAUCCCGUUGACACAGAUUAUCGGAUCGUUAUUGGCCGGCGGAUUUCUGGCCAUGAGAGGUAUUGCGGGGUUGGCAGGCUGGCGCUGGCUCUUCCUUAUCGAAGGUCUUAUGAGUAUUGUUGUGGGGCUUAUAACAUUCAUUGUUAUGCCUGCCAGUAUUACGGAGACGAGCAAUAUAUUACGCGGAAAGGCGUCCUUUCUGAACGGGAAGAAUGGCUGGUUCACUCCCCGUGAGGAAGGCAUUCUGGUGAAUCGAAUUCUGCGAGACGAUCCAACAAAGGGGGAUAUGAACAACAGGCAGCAUGUCGACCUCAAGGGUCUGUGGAAGGCGCUGAAGGAUGUUGACCUUUGGCCUAUUUAUACUCUCGGCGUUCUUGCAUUCUUGCCUUACCAGCCCACUGCGAGCUAUCUAUCUCUAACUUUGAAGAAUCUGGGAUACUCAGUUUUCGAAGCCAACGUCCUUGCGAUUCCUGGAUUUAUUCUCUUCUUUAUCAAUGUCUUGGUGGUUGUUUGGGUCAGUGAGAAAUUUAAUGAGAGGAUGUUGAUCAGUGCUUGGAGUAACAUCUGGAUGUUCCCAUUCUUCGUCGGUCUUGUUACUAUUCCGGUGUCUGCAAGCCCUUGGGUACGAUACGCUCUGUUGACAGGAGUCAAUGGAAUACCAUAUACCCAUGCAAUCUUAGUUGGCAUGAUUUCUCGAAAUGCAAACAGCGUCGCAACUCGAGCCGUCUCGACUGCACUUUACAACAUGAGCUACCAAUUCGGCUCCAUCGCUGCCGCAAACAUUUACCGCGACAAUGAUAAACCAUACUAUUACACCGGAAACAAGGUGCUCCUUGGCCUCUGUUCCGCCAACAUUGCAAUCUUUGUUCUUGCGAAGUUAUACUACGUCAAACGUAACCAGGCGAAAGAGAGGAGCUGGAAUAAGUUGAGUGACUCGGAAAAGUCGACGUAUAUGGAGACUACAACGGAUACUGGUUCUCGACGACUCAAUGUCCGAUUUGUUCAUUAG